AUGUCGACGGUUAAUCCCAUCUUUCCGCAUGGCGGAUGGGAUGUCCACCACCACAUUUUCGAUCCAUCCCAAUUCUCCUACGCUGCUGAUCGCCAUCUCACCCCUCCCGCUGCCACUGUUGCACAGUUUCUCGCCUUCAAAGCCAGCAUCGGAGCUACUCACUCAGUGCUCACGCACGGUUUAAGCUAUGGAAGUGAUUGCGAACCGCUACUCACUUUUCUGAGACAACUUGGCAGCACCAGCACCAAGGGCAUCGGGGUGAUUGAUCCCGAAACCACCUCGGAUUCUGCCAUCCAAGAGAUGCACGCCGCUGGAGUUAGGGGCAUCCGAAUCAACUUAUACAAAGACCAUGCCAUGCAUGACCUCGAGCUCCAAAAGCGGUCACUCCAGCGGCACGCGGAGAGGAUCAAAGUAUUUCCCGGCUGGACCAUGGCCUUCACGCAUACGCAUCCGGAGUUCUGGCAGCAUCUACGACCAGUCAUUGAGACACAUGUAGCUGGGAACAGUAUCAGACUGGUGACGGAUCACUUCGCUCUGCUUACCGGACGGUCCAUGCUACCCCCGUCCUGUGAUGGGGACGUCACUCGACAACCAGGCUUCGCGGCCAUUAUCUCGCUAGUUCGUGAUGGGCUACUGUGGGUGAAACUGAGCGCUCCUUACCGUGUUAGCGAGAUGAAGCCUGACUACCAAGAUCUCGAACCUGUGGUGCGCGCCCUGGUCGACGCGAAUCCAGAGCGCGUGCUUUGGGGCAGUGACUGGCCACAUACGCCGCGUAUGAUUGUAAGGACGCCUGAAGAGGCGGCGGUCGAGACGCCAUACCUCAAUGUCGAUGAUAUGGCGUGGCUGAGGAGGUUACGGGGGUGGUUGAGUGAUGAUGAGUGGGAUUUGAUGGUGCGGGUUAACCCGUCAAGGCUAUAUGACUGGUAA